AACAGCAUAAGCAUCAGCCUUCCCUGAACACAAAAAACGGAUGGAAUCGGAGGAGACAGCAAAUAGCCGGCCUCGACCAAUGUCGGGCGUUUCCGAACACGACGACAGAAAACGUUCUCGCGAUGUCGCGAUGAAUAUAGAGGGCGAAAGACCGGCAAAGGCGCCGAAGGUUAUUGGUGCUUCUUCUUCAUCCUCGGCAACUGCCGGUGGGGCCUCUUCAUCUACUUCCAGCUCAUAUCGACCAUCGAAGCUUACCGCUGCGCUGUUGAAGCAGGCUUUUCCCGACAAGAAAGGAGGUGCUCUUGGCAGUCCAGCUCAGCUGACGGAAGAGCUCGACGAAUGUCGACGAACUGAAAGACUCGAGGAGAGUGAAGAGGAUGAGCCCUCACCACCAGAAGAAAACCAAAAUAAAGACGAGGACCAAAAGAUAAAGAAGAGAGUCGCGGAGCAGCCAGCAGAAGACAGAUUGCUUCCCGCUGAAGACGACAUUGACCUAGCACCUCCUCCCGCAGAUCCAGACCCGCAAGAGGUUGGUCAGAAGGGUGCCCCUGGCAAAGAAAUCGUCGCCGCCUCGCCUCGACAAGAGGAAGAUGACGAGGAGGAAGAAAUGGAACAAUCUGGAUCAGGGGAAGCCGAAGAUUGGCAGUGGAACGGAGGUGCUUAUUUUCGUCGUAAAUGCUGAUGUGGCUCUGCAAAUCUGAUUUUUUUUUUGACAUCUGAUUAACGAUCGACACCAUAUACGGAGGCAGGAGGAUGAAGCAUAAUAUGUAUCCACAUACUUGGAAAAUUUUCUGAAUUAGUUAUAGUCGUAUAGUGUACUUACAUAUACAUACUUUGCAAAAAUGAUGAUGGUCGAAAACUACCCCUACGUAGGUCUCGCUGAAGUGAGCUGGAAAAAAAAUGGAAAGUUUUAUCUUCUGCAGACACCGCGGGAACUUGAGGAGGCAAAGGAGGCGGGAAAAACAGUCUCCGAACCGCGCUACAAGCUUCCCGCUUCCAUCUACGAGAAGCUGUAUCCCUAUCAACGGCACGCCGUGGCAUGGAUGUGGGAGUCAUUCAGGAAAAGAAAGGGAGGCAUUCACGCAGAUGAAAUGGGACUCGGCAAAACAGUGAUGAUUUCGGCAUUCUUUUAUGACCCAUACAUGGAGAGAAAGAGUGUGUUUGUUAAGCUACCUAACUAUGCAAUACUUAUGUAUCAUACAGCUUAAUGUUAGUAUGCAUGAGUCUGUUUUUCUUCAUUCUAAUCGGGCUUCAACAAUGAGCUCAGGACACUCGCCUUCACUGAAAAAACGUAAGGACAAAUAUCAAGGCCGCCUCACUCGCACAGAUACAGAUACUUACUGAAGAACUCAUUGGCAUCUGAGUCAUUCUUCUAAUUCGCAGCAGGGUUGAUUGAGUCUGGCUUGGCUCGGCAUUUUUUGCUUGUAGUGCCAAACACUUUGUUUCUUUCUUGGACCGAGGAGAUGAAGAAGUGGGUAUGCCCGUAUGCACCCGAUGGCAAGCAAUUUUACAUUCGUUUCUUACACGGUGGCUCGACCAAGAAAGAGCGAGUGGAAUCUGUACGGAAGAUUGCACGGUGUGGGGGUGCCCUUGUAACAUCCUAUGGCAUGGCAAAAACGCAUCUGGAGAUACUGCAGUCCGUCGGACCACCGCAGGAGAAAGACGAUAAAAAGAAAAAGCGAAAGAAGAAAACGGCCAUUGAAGAUGAUGACUUCGAUGAAGAAGAGGAAGAGGAGAAAAACUACCAGCUUCUCGUGCAACGAAAAUCAUGGGACUGCAUCAUUUGUACUUACUUACAGUCUUCUUCCUUCUCUUUUACGGGCAGGACCCUCUGCUUGUCACGCUGUGGCACAUUCAUCAUUUAUCUAUCAACAAUGUUGCACGCAAAAAAAAUCGAGCGAGAUUUUUGUUGAUAGUAUACUUAGAUUUAUCUAGUACUCACUCUCACGUACAACUACUGAGUAUGUGUAUCUAUGUAGAAUUACGACUCGCUCUAGUAUGUGUGUCAGAGUCAGUGAUACAUUUUCAUGCAAUUACAUCUCCAUAGGCGACGAAGCGCACGGGCUCAAAGACAGACGGUCAAAGGGUUCGAAAGCGAUUCGAAUGAUGGAGGGGAAAUGCAGGCUCCUCCUCACCGGAACGCCAUACACAAAUAAUUACGGCGCACAAAUAUGAUUUAUCAUGGAAGCCACGCUCCGCUGGAAGUUAGAUAAGACAAGAGGAAAAGGACAUCAUAAUGAUUACUAGAAAUUGUAAUUGCUUUCGUCGAUUUGGUUCAAUGUGAGAUUCUAAGAAAUUUUGGCAGAGAUAUGGAGCUUAGCCGAUUUAGCAGUGCCUGGUAUUCUCGGCAAUUUUCAAACUUUUGAGCAGACCUUCGCCGGACCGAUUUAUGCGGGAUCAAAAAAAUCGGCAGCGGCAUUCGAGGUUGUUAAGAAGGACAAACUGUCGAGACAGCUGAAGACGAUUCUGUCGAAUCAUUUUCUACGACGGAACAAGUCAGAGGUAUUCGCGCAGGAACGCAGGCUAGCACUUCCGAAGAAAACUGAUAUAAUUCUUUUCUGCGAGCUCUCCGAAAAUCAGAAAAAAUUAUGCUCAAUGGUUCUUGGUCUUUUUGCGCAGAUGUCAGUUCUACUAGGUGAUCAUUCAUUGUCUUCGAUUUUCAUUUUGUUCGAUAAAAUAUAAGGAUACCUAGUCGUACUCGUAUUGGGAGCGUAACUUCUACAAGUGCGAGUGCAAAAAAAACACCUCCAACGAGAUAGAAAGAUCAUUGGUGGUGGGCAGCUCUUGCAGCUCUAACAAGGAUGUAUAGCGCUUUCCUGGAGAGCGAUAUAGUAAGGGAAGCGAAACGGGCGAAGAAGUCUGGCAUUGACGCAUUUAAAGCCAUCUCGUUGCUCAAAAAAGUCUGCGAUCACCCGCUCAUGUGUUUGCCGUUCCAGCCGUAUCACAGGCAGAUGUUGCAGAAGUGGGGCAUGAUUGCGGGUGGCGACGGGACCGUCGAUACACCAGAAGAACGUGUAUGUUGAGGUGUCAAGUCAAAUUCUGCCAUAGUCUUAGUCUUAGUCAUACAGCAUAGGAUCAGGUAAGUACCUAGGAGACCCAAGAAGAAGAGAGUCUCAGCUCUUUGUUCUCACUCUUGCUGUUUUCUGCCUUGCUUUCAUUAUAUGAGCACGAGUAUGGUGACGACGACGCGAAGGGUUACGAUUGGCGGAGUCUCGUAGAUCAGAUCCCAGAGCAGGCGAGUGGCGCCGUGGAACUCAGCUGUAAGCUGGUUCUCCUGAACAGUCUCGUUUCGAAUUUGGCCAAACGAAAACACCGGAUUUUGAUUUUUUCGUAUUCAACGCGUAUGCUAGAUCUGAUCCAGUCAGCCGUCUUGCGGCCUAACAAAAUCAAGUUCCUGCGCAUUGACGGAAGUACGGACUUGCAAGAUCGUGACGCGAAAGUAAACAAAUUUGAGAACGAUGCGCAGAACAAGUGGCAAGUGAUGUGCCUGUCAACAAAAGUAGGGGGCGUAGGCCUGACACUCGUGUCCGCGGAUCGAGUCAUUCUUGUCGAACCGGGAUGGUCGCCAGCCAUCGACCAGCAGGUACUAUUAAUUUCAUGUAAGUACUUGCAUUUUCGUGGAGGGGAAGAGGAUGCCACUUCAACUAGAUGUCUUUCGAUAGAUCACAUCAUACAAAAAGAUGGAGGUGGAAAGAGACUUUUCUGUUUACUAAGCCGUACACAUCAUGAUCAAUCUUCAGGCUAUGGAUCGCGCACACCGUUUGGGUCAGACGAAGGAUGUCGUUGUCUAUCGUGUGAUCAGUCACGCUUCUAUAGAGGACAAGAUGUUCCGUGUCCAAGUCUUCAAGCAGGGCUUGUGCAAAACCGCGCUCGGACGUGAGAACCAGCAACGAUAUUUCAACACUAAUGACAUGAAGGCGCUCUUUUCCAAGUUGGAAGACGAGACUGGAUCGACGCUGCAACUCCUAAACUGCGAAAACGAUUCCGAAAAGGUCGAAGCACAGCUAGUGCAAGACUGCGGCGAACUGUAUGAGUGAAAUAUUACGUAGAUUGAUUCAUCUUGUAAGAACAUGUAACAUGCCUACGCAAGAAAAAUAAAGCUUGCCCCAGACCUCCUACUCAUGAAAUGUAUACUUCCUUGCCCAACUUUGAUCUACUGCAUCAAGAGUGUUUUUUUUAUGACUCCACAUCGACUUUUGCUUUUCUGACUUUGUGUCUGCCGCUGGUCGUCUACAUCUUUUCCUUUUCAUGCUUGCGCUGACGACAACCCAUUUUGGAAGAGUUCUUGUCUCCACGGUUUCGCUGAUUACAGUGACUUGUUUCAGGACUACGAUGAAAUCGAUGCAGCGAAAGAAGAGGUCGACGCCGUGGAGGAACAAGUGCUAGAGGCGGUCACGGCGCUGAAAACCGAGACCUACCAAGCAAAGCGCGACAGUCUAUUGCCGAACAAGAAAGACGCAGCGCCACUGGAGAAUGGGGAGGACGAGCUGCGGAGAGAAAUGCAUGUACUCGAGGAUGGGGCUGUUAUAGACGAAGAGGAAAACGCUGGUGAUGGGACGAUCAAGGGAGAUGACACCAAAGGCAAGGAGGACGCCUCUGCAGCUUCUUCAUGUGGGAAAAUAAAAGAAGUUGGAAAACAAGAAAAAAAGUCUGGCGCAGCAACUUCCGGAACACAAGAAAGCGACGCUGUUAUGAUGUCAGUAGAGGAUGAUGCAGCAGGUGCCGUUGGAGGUGGAGGCUCGUCUUCAAGUACAAGCUUUAGCGCUGCGAAAUUGAUAGAGCAGAAGGUGGAGGGCAAACGUAAAGAUGGAUAUCAUGGAGGAGGUACAUCUUCAGACAUUUCUAGUUCCACUCACUUGCGGGAGGACAGUAUGAAAGUAGCAGAAGCGGUGGGCACUGGCACUGCGAGUGCACGUUGCAAAAAAUUGGAAACAACAAGUAGCAGUCAUCAUCGUAAACAAGCAGGUCAAUCUCCAACUCGCGCGGCGCAUCAAAGCCAAGUAAAACUUGCAGAUGCGGACGAGGAAAGCGAUGACGAAGAUCUCGCAUUCUACAAUCCAGAAGAGAGCAGAAUGAUGAAUGACGUAGUUCCUCUUGAUUCCUCGGCGGAGGGACCAGGAGGCGUGCCAGAUCGUAGCACAGAAAGUGUGAUGGGUUCUGCUGGAGGACAUGCAGCAGCUGAAAACAUCGCGGCAACGCCAGUUGUUGGAUCGGUGCGAGAGAGUGAAUUGGGAACGAGUCGGAUAGACGAGUCGGGCCUCUUUGCUCAGGAGGACGCGAACAUGUUAGGCGCUGGCGGAACCCCCGAUGAGGACGAGGAAGACAUCAACAUGUUAGGCGCAAGUGAGGUUGUUGACUCACCCCCACUGGGACCGUAGAAGAUUUAAGCCAGAGUUUCGACAAAGUGUAAAAUAUUUCUUGUAGAUACAACGAUUACGAUACCUGACAUGAUAGACGAGUUCAAGUAGAAUCUGUACUGGUGACAUCAACUAGUAGUUUUAGUUGCUCAUAUCGAUUCUACAUUUCUUUGUCAUCUAAAGCCCAUGACAGGUCGAAAGAGUAUCUAUACAAAUCGUACAGCGAGGAUCAAAACGAAUUUGUGUUGGUCAAUAACGCAAUGAGUCACAAAAAUAUGAGAUAAAAGAUCGCUGAGUCAGAGUGCUGGACGCAUAUUAUGAUCCUUUUUUGUGCGUGCUAUUUAACUUUGUGGUGCGUGCAAUAGCAAUUAACAUAGACAUACAUUUCAUAUGAACGUCUAUUGGUCGUUUUGCUUUUGGUUCAUGACUCCGACUAGUUCUAGAACAGAUUCCCUUAUAUAUUCGGCUUCGAUUCUCUCAAUCUCAUGCGCAACAAUCACGAUAGAUGCACUUUGUAUGCCAAAUGAUCAGGAAAAUGUUUGCGGAUAAUGCCUUGCUCAACUUUGUCAGUUGAAGAGCCUUGUAUACAACUGACCAACUGACGAAAAGAUCAGAAAAUGCAAUUCGAGGUGAAGGCUCUCCCGGGGUUUUGUGUCUUG